AUGACAUCAUCAUCACUGGUAAUGAUAAGGAUGGCACUGAGUGAGAGUCGUGUGGCUAUUACCCAACGAACAUAUGCUCUUGAUAUACCUGAGGGAAUUGGCUUGCUUGAUUAUCAACCCAGUGACACUCUUAUGAAUUUAAAUGUCAAACUACUACCAUGUCAAGGGGAGCCACUGAAAGAUCCUGGAAGAUAUCGAUGUAUAGUUGGCAAACUUAACUACCUCACAGCAAUCAGACCAGACAUUACAUUUGUUGUCAAUGUGGUUAGCCAAUUUCUAAAUGCUCUAUGUGAUGACCAUUGGAACGGUGUGAUUCGCAUUCUUAAGUAUAUAAAGAGUGCAUCGGGUAAAGGAUUAAUUUAUGAAAACAAGGGUAUCACUCAAGUCGUGGGUUAUUCUAAUGUUGAUUGGGCAGGAUCACUGUCUGAUAGAAGGUCCACUUUAGGGUAUUGUAUUCUCAUUGGAGGAAAUAUGAUCUCAUGGCGGAGCAAGAAACAGAACAUAGUUGCACGGUCUAUUGCAGAAGCAGAAUAUAAUGCUAUGGCAGCAACAACAUGUGAACUCACGCGGCUAAAACAAUUAUUCCAACAACCCAAAUUAUGA